CAACUUUUGCAUUCGCUGUUUUUCUCUCAGUUCGCCUCAUUUGUUCCGUCAUUUGGGAUCAUGAGCGCACAGAGAGCUCGUUAUAAGAAGCGCUUUGCAGAGCAGCAGCGUGAAGCCGGAUCCCAGAGUUGAGCAAACCCAGAAAUCAACGCAGGAUGUGUUGACUCCUCCCCGUUAAUCCUUCAGUUUUCCUCUCUGAAAUGGAGCUCUCUCUGCAGGGCUUCUCUUCAAACGGAUCCAACACCAGCAUGCCACCCAAUGCCACUGGGAAUUACACAGAUGAUCCAUUUACUGAAGUCAACCUUUUUGAAAUCCUGGGUCCGAAACGAUCGCCCUUCUUCCUGCCUGUGACCAGCAUUUACCUGCUCAUCUUCCUCACAGGCUUGUCUGGGAAUCUGCUCACAUGUGCGGUGAUCGCAAAGCACAAGAAGAUGAGGAACCCCACCAACCUCUACCUGGUGAGUCUGGCCGUGUCGGACCUCCUGGUGCUGUUGUUCGGGAUGCCUCUGGAGAUCUACGACCUGUGGCAGAACUACCCGUUCCCCUUCGGCGAGGGUGGCUGCUACUUCAAGACCUUCCUCUUCGAGACGGUGUGCUUCGCCUCAAUUCUCAACGUCACAGCUCUGAGCGUGGAGAGGUACAUCGCUGUGGUGCACCCGCUCAAAACGCGGUACCUGUCGACUAACAAGCACGCCAAGCGGGUCAUCACCAUUGUGUGGGUGGUGUCGAUGGUCUGUGCCAUCCCCAACACCUCCCUGCACGGCAUUUUUUACCUCCCAGAGAGAAAGGAGGAGUCAGCCAUAUGCACUGUGCUGAAGCCCCUGUGGAUCUAUAACAUGGUCAUGCAGAUCACCACCGUGUGCUUCUACUUUGUGCCCAUGAUGGUGAUUAGCGUGCUGUACUUGGUGAUGGGUCUUCACCUGUGCAGUGAAAGGCGGCAGCCCAACGGCAGCCUGGGAAAGAACUGCAGCAGCAUUCGAAGGAAAUUCAGUGUGAACGGGCGCAGGAGACAGAUCAACAAGAUGCUCUCGAUCGUGGUGGCGGUGUUUGGAGUCUGCUGGGCGCCCUUCCACAUCGAGAGGCUCCUGUGGAGCUCCAUCAGCCAGUGGACCGAUUUGAUGCACAACAUUUAUCAGUACGUCCACAUCCUGUCGGGCGUCUUCUUCUACCUCAGCUCAGCAGUCAACCCCAUCAUCUACAGCCUGCUCUCCACACGCUUCAGGGAGUGUUUCCGAGAACUCGUUUGCUCCCAUACGGAAGAUAAUAGCUCCGUCAGAGACUCACCGCCGUUCCCUAAGAUUUUACUGGAACCCUCUGUCUCAAGUGGCAGAGCUCAGACUGAGGGUAAGGACUCCAAUGCUUUCAUCCCUUUACUGUCUCCCAACAUGACACUGAACAGGGACACUGCAGUCCUCACGUGUGCAUGUGAGGAGACGACCUGCAAGACCUCUGUGUUCUGAGACUUGGUCUGAAUGAGCUGACAAGCA